CGGGGCUUGGGCUUUGCACCCGGCGGUGGCUGAGAACCUUGGCGGCUGCGGAGCCGGCAGCGCAGGCGGGCGGAGCAAAGCUGCCCGGCCCGGUGGCGGGCGAUGCCCCCGUGAGCCUCCCUCGCCGCCCCUCCCCGCCCCGCGCCCCUGCCCCUCGGAGUCCGCUGCCCUCCUGGGACCGGGCCGCGCCUGCCGCCGGGUUCGCGGGGCGGGGUCCCGGGGCAGCACCUGCCCCGCCUUGCGGAGUCGCCUCGGCCAGCGGAGACCCCUCCCUGCCUGGACCCCGGCCCCACCUCCGGACUCAUCUGAUCAUCUCCUCCUGGAAGCUACCCUGAUUACCUUCACCUCCUCUCUUGAAAGCUGGUGUCUCAAAAGUUAACAGAAGGCUUGUGUAAAUGCCCUAGGGGCGUGCUGUUGGGAGGGACACAGCCCCCUGUGAUGGGAACACCACGCUCAGAUUCAUCGGUUCGGGUUGCCUGAGUCCCUGCCCCUCCGUGGACCAUGUUUAACGGGGAGCCAGGUCCGGCCUCAGCUGCGGCCUCCAGGAACGUGGUGCGGAGCUCCAGUAUCAGCGGCGAGAUCUGCGGAUCCCAGCAGGCUGGGGACGGGACCGGGACCAGCACUGCCAAGAAGCGGCGCAGCAGCCUCGGGGCCAAGAUGGUGGCCAUCGUGGGCCUGACCCAGUGGAGCAAGAGCACACUCCAGCUCCCCCAGGCUGAAGGAGCCACCAAGAAACUGCGCAGUAAUAUCCGGCGGAGCACCGAGACGGGCGUUGCCGUGGAGAUGCGGAGUCGGGUCCCUCGCCAGGGCAGCCGGGAGUCCACGGACGGGAGCACCAACAGCAACAGCUCCGAUGGCACGUUCAUCUUCCCCACCACCCGGCUUGGAGCCGAAAGCCAGUUCAGCGAUUUCCUGGACGGGCUGGGACCAGCCCAGAUUGUGGGGCGACAGACACUGGCAACGCCCCCAAUGGGGGAUGUGCAUAUUGCCAUCACGGACCGGAGCGGCCAGCUGGAGGUGGAAGUGAUUGAGGCUCGGGGCCUGACCCCCAAACCAGGCUCCAAAUCCCUCCCAGCCACCUAUAUCAAGGUUUACCUACUUGAGAACGGGGCCUGCUUGGCCAAGAAGAAGACAAAGGUGGCCAAGAAGACCUGUGAUCCCCUGUACCAGCAGGCUCUGCUCUUUGACGAGGGGCCCCAGGGCAAGGUGCUGCAGGUGAUCGUCUGGGGAGACUACGGCCGCAUGGACCGCAAGUGCUUCCUGGGCAUGGCCCAGAUCCUGCUGGAUGAGCUGGAGCUGAGUGCCGCGGCCACCGGCUGGUACAAACUCUUCCCCACGUCCUCAGUGGCAGACUCUACGCUCGGCUCCCUCACCAGGCGCCUGUCCCAGUCCUCCCUGGAGAGUGCCACCAGCCCCUCGUGCUCCUAAGGACCUCAGGGAGAGGCCGGGAUGCAGUGUGGGAAGGGGUGCUGCUGCCCCCUGCUGCUCCCCUGUACAUAGUCUCCACGUCUUUCUGGACCCCUUGCCCUGCUGCAUGCCUGUUGCCUCCUGGGCCUGUCCCAGCUGGCAGUGGAGACUCUAGUGCGCGCGCGCGUGUGUGUGUGUCUCUGUGUGACCAUGUUAGAUCCGUUCGUUUGUCUGGGUGUAGUCAGUCUUGGUGACUAUAUGGGCUGAAAUCCAUGUCUCUCUGUGUCUUGUUGUAAAGAAACCCCAAGGAAAGUUGUGUGGACAGGACUCCCCCUGAGUCCAGGGGUGGAAGUGGGGGAUGUGGUCAUUGGUCCAUUCCACCCGGUCCUAGGCUCAGGGCAGAGCCUGUGUGUCCCCAGCUGUGUAUGUGCUUGGUGGUCCCUGCUUAGUUUUCUGUCUUGUCCUUUGUUCCACCUCUGCCUCUCCCAGUACUGCUGCUCUUUUUUAAGGAAUGUAGCAUCCACUGCAGCUGGCCACACCACGGCCCCUCUGGGAACCCUGACACCCCUCCUCUCCACCAAGCACUCUGCUCUUCCCACCAAGUGCAUCCGCGGCACGUAGCGUCUCAUCCUGGCCAGGGCCCCGGGAAAGCGAAAGGUACUGGGGAGCUGAGGGCUUAGAGAUUGCUUUCUCCCCUCCUACAAGUGAGAUCUGAGGAGGUGUCAGUUCCCAGGGUUGCAGGCCAGGUACCUUGGAGGGAAAUGCCAGUGCCUCCCUUAGCAUUGUUCACCUCCUGCCUCCCUCCAAGCUUCCUCGCCUCUGACAUGCCAAAGGAGCUCUCCCGGUGGACCCCAGGUGGUGUGGACUGGAUGGUCUUGACAUGCAAGAGGUCAGCCUCAGAGGGGACGUUACCUGCCAAAGCGGGCAGCCCCUUGUGACACCUGUGUCCUUCCCAGGCCCUGAGGGUGGCCCUGUGCCCCUCUAGGCUCGUUGAGGAUGUGCUGAGGGCGGGGCUGCUGGCAGGCAUGAGGAGCGCUGGGACUGACUUGCUCUGAGAAUCCUGUCUGACCUUUGGGGAUGAGCUGCAUGAAGUUGAUUAUUGGGGGGCUCUUUUUUUUUUUUUUUUUUCCUCAUUUCCAGACCAGGGUCCGUGUCUGGGACCUCAGACUCACUGAGGCCCCAGCCUCCUGGUUGCACGGACAGCUUAGCUGUAGACUCUAGACCAUCACAGUCACCAGCUCUGUAUAAGCAAUACUCACCCCUCUUGGCCUCUCUGCCUCCUGCACUCUGCCGCUGCCCUCUGGUGAGUGGCCUGACCUGCUCUAGACACCGCACCUGCCUCUGCUUUCUUUCCACCCUUGUCUAGUUGGAGCUUCCCAAAGCUACUCAAACCCUGACUUGACUGGACAGCUGGGCCCUUGGGGUGGGCACCAGGGCCUGGACUGGACCUUGUGAGAUGUCUACUGGGAAUCCUUAGGUCUGGCUUGGGUGUGCCCAGAUCUGUCCCUCUCCCUCCUUGGGUCUAGCUUGAAAGGCAAGAGGUUGCCCAGGAGAUGAACACAGCAGCCCUCGGGCCCACGUCUGGUGAGGAGGAGAGGAGUAGCAGGAGGGUCAAGGUCUGGAGCAGGCCCCUCCUCUGCCUCUUCCCCAGACAUCAUGCCUGAGAGCUGCACUGCCUCCACCCCAUGUGCGUGGUGGGGAGCGGUGGAGAGGUGCUUGGACUCCAUUCAUAGCCAAAGCCAGGUGGGCAUGGAGGUGGGUUCUGAGGCGGGGAGGUGGAGGCAGAGGCUCUCUGAGACACAGCCAUCUCCACCAAGGGCUCUCCUUGUCCUUUAGGCUGAAGCCAGGGCCUGGCCACCUCCCUCCCAAGAAAACUAGGGGGAGAAGCCAGGCCCCCAUGGGUCCUGCCCACAGACAAAAAGUGGAUGAGGGCAGUAAGAACACAGUAAGCUCCUGGGCUCCUGACUCCUGCUGGGGCCUCCGUUCCUGGAUUGUCAUGGGCGGGAACCGUUUGUGUGGAGAGAGAGAGGAGACAGAUAGUUGAGUUUUCUCUUUCUGCAGAAAUUCUCUCCUAGGGUCAGGACUGGGUAAUGCACGCAUUUCUCAUGUUUCUAAAAUAAGGCAAAGGGCUCUGGGCUCUUAGGUCCUCGGGUGGGGAGGGGGAGGAAACACGCUUGCAAAAGAGCAUUUUUAUGUGCUGCGGGUGAUGUAGAGUGGUCAGCCUCAGAACGCUGUGAAAAUCCCUGAUACGUUUGGAGUGGUGGGAUUAUUAGUGACCACAGGACAUUGUAGGCAUUUGCUGAUGUGGCACCAAACAGGGAUACAUGGACCGUGCGGCUACCCCCGGGGAACGGGGGGUAUCAGUGAGGGCUGUCACCCUCACUCCUCUAGAGGCCCAGGAGGACAGGAGGCGGGGAGCACCAGCAGAGGCUGCUGCUAGGGAGUUGAAGGCCGUGGGCUCCUUGCCUCGGGGGGGCGGGUGGCUGGCACAGGGCAAGUUCUAGCCAGAGGUGGGGCCUGACGUGCUGGCGACGUGGGCCGACCUGCCUAUGACCCCCAGCUGCUGGGGACCGCGCCACUGUUCCAUCCCGAUAAUGGGAAGUCAUUCCCCAUACAAGUUGACCCCGGGGAAUUAUUCUUCACCCUUUGUACCAAAUUAAGUUACUAAUCCCCACCUGGAAUUUCCUCCAUGAGGGUGAAGUCAAGUGAGGCUCCCUGCGUGCAUCCCGGUGAAUGGCUGAAUUUCAGGGUCUGUCUCUUGGCCUCCUGGGUGCAGGGGCUUGUCUGAGAAGCUGCUCUGGAGCUAGCCUGUCCCAGGAGAGGAGGGGGCACAUGUGUGACUGCUGGCCUUCCCCGGAAAGGGGAGCAUCUGUCCCAUGAGGAGGGCAUGGUGAGGAGGGAAGGAACACGAUCCCCCAGACACUGUUAGAUGCAGUGUUGUGGCUCCACCUGCCCCUUCGUUACCCACUGGGUGAGGGGUAAGGGGCCCCUGGGGCUGAUGACAGGGUGGGCUCUUUGUCAUUCCGUCUUCCUCUGCUCAGGCAGGAUUCGCGGAAGAUGUGGCAGAGACCCUGCGGCGGCCCCGCAGUAAUGCUGGGCUGUGGGCAGGAAACCAGGACAGAGGAUUCAGAGCACCUGUCUCCAUGUUUCUGCUCUGUUCCAUCUGUCCUGCUUCCUUCAUAGACUCCUUCCCUAAAGAGAGGUCUGUGAUGGGCCUUUGGUAUGAAUCAGGCUCCAGCAAAUGGGGCCAAGUCUUGGUUCUUCCCUGAAAGAGCACAUCCCCUUUGUCAAACCAUCUCUCAGACUACUCCCCACCCAGUCUCUCCCCCAACCCAGCACUCCUAGGAAAGGAGCCCUCAGGAGGCUCUCAGUAUGCAGCAAGCCCAGGCACUGCCAGCAUUUCGGGGAGCCUAGAGAGAAGGUGCCCCUCUAGCUUACCACCCGUGGGAUCACUGGUUCUCCCAGGGGCCUGACCCCCAUCAGGGCAAGCAUGCCUGAGCUCUUCUUUACUGCCAACCUUGAGGAGAGCAGAAGCCUCCCGCCCCUUUUAAAGACACUAGAGCCCUCGAAGGGUACUUCUUUGGAAAUGCAAUGUAGCACAAUCUUAGACUGCGUUACCAGGAGCCCUGGCACACAACCAGGGUUCCUGCUCCACGUCCUGCUGCCCAGGAGAUGCCGUGCUUCUCCCCCGCCAGGGCUCCAGAGCUCCUGAUACCUCCGAUUCCCCAUCUUCUUCGGCCCAGAAAGCAGCAGAGCUUUGGGAAGGCUGCUCUUCCACUUCUUUAAUUGCUUCCUGCACUGUGCAAACCCCGUGCAAGAAAUUGCUGCCUUUGCUUGAUGGUGGAGAGAGGUGGUAUGUCCUUCAGGACCAGGAGGUGGUCCAGCGGGGUUUCUGCAGUGGCUGCAAGGAGAGGGAAAAGAAGAGGCCUGCUGCUCUGCUGACGGCUCCCUUUCUCUUCCUCUCCCUGGAGUUUUCUUCUCCAGUAUCCUGACACAAAAAGAGGUUCUUUAAAAUGCUGCUUCCUGUACCGGAUUACCGUUCACUGAAUGAUCAGGGAGGAGCUAGGAAUGUGGACUCAUCCCCUGCCUUCUCCCUCAUGUCUGCUUUUCACUCAGGUCAGAAGAGAUUGGGGCAAAACAAAACAAUCAUGACUGAAGGGCAAGGGAGCCCCACCCGCUCCAGUGAGGCCUAAUGGGGGCUGGAUCAGCCUGGUCUGGCUGGGAAAGUGUUAUUUUGAAAGAGUGCCUGAGCAUCUUGGAACGAUGUCAGUGAUGCCAAAGAGAGCAACUUGGCCUCCUUGGGCAGCAGCUGUGCCAGCUGAGCUGCACACGUGCGGCUCAGGUGUCGGCAUGCCCGAUGGUGGGACCUUGUUCUCUGACAAAGGGCUUAAUCUUUCCAUGUAGCAAAGCAACUUCCCCUCCCCCAACCCUGAGCUCGGGCUUUUGUGGGCCCAGCAAGGCUGUGCCUGUGAGGGACACUUGUAUUCUCCCAGGGCCCCAGACUGGCUUGGGGAGGAUGCUCAUCGAAAAGCAUGCAUGUUGCUCUCUGGGAAAACCUUCCCGGUUCUGGCUGGAAACUUGGCCAGUGAGGACAGGAGCCUUUGACCUCCCAGGGAGCUCACAUUGAUGCCAGGAAGGGUCCUUCCGACUGGGUUCCAGAGAGCUUGGCAAAGAGAAAUGGGCCCUGGGAAUUCCAAAGGCAACAGAGCAUCCACCCCAGUGGUCACUGGCCUGGACAGCUGGCUACAGAGAAUCAAAGGCUGUUAUCUACAGAGAAACUGUGACCUUGUGCAAGACUCCUCACUUUUCUGGGCCUCAGCUUCCUCAUCUGCAAAACCAGAGCAUUUGCUAGUUACUCCAUGGCUCCCUCCAGGUUUUAAAAGUCUGAUCUGGAGUUGAUGAGGGUUGUGAGCCUGGUGCACCUGGUACCUGGUUCCACAGGCUGGUUCCUUCCAGCCCUGGGUGCCCAAGCUGGGUGCAGGUCCUCACCCAUCCACGCCCAGAUGCUGCUUCCGACAAGAACUCUGGGAAUCCUAACAGACUCUGCUUCCACCUCUUCAUGGUUUGUUGUUCUCUUCUUAUGUAAUGAGAUAACUAAGGGUUGUCUGCAAUGGACAAUUUCCAAGGUGCUGAUGUGAUGUCACAACCUCAGCUGCAUCCUGUGUAGGUCAGUAUCCCACCAGCAGAUGAGGCUGGGUUGGUCCUCAUUUCUGCUUCUAGAACAAGAUCAGUGGGAGGAUUUUAAAAGGAGAUGCUCUCUGACAGGAGGUGAGAAGGAACUUAUUUCCCUUCAAAGCAUUUUGCUUCUUGAAAAAAAAAAAAAAUCACUCUUCUUCAGAAUGUCUUUUACCAGACACCUUCUCAGCAGGCAGAGUGGCUGCUGCUUUCUUACGAGAAGUUGGCCUGAUUGUUCCAUCCACUCCUUUAGAAUGUAAAUUCACAGGAGGCAGGAACCCCUUUUUUAGAAUUUCCAAAUGCAUCCUGCAAAGAGAGAGAGCAGAUAGAGACUAACAAGCACACUGUUUAGAUAAGAAGCAAUUAGCCUUUUAUAUCUGUGCUCUAUACACUUCCUAUGUGCAGCAUCUUUCCAAACUCGCUGUGGCUCCCAGGUGGCAGGUGGAUGGCUGGGAAGGACUGCCGGCUGUUUCUUACAACAUUCUUGCCAAUUCCCUUGAGGAGAAAAUUCUUCACAUGGCUUCUGCAUGUACAGUAUUUGGGCAGCAAAAAAUGAUUAAAAUCAU